AAUUACAUCACAAUAACUACUGUCCGGUGUGUCUUAAAACUGUUCAAAGGUAAAUGCUUUGAUUGCAGUGAGGUAUGACAUGAUGGAAAGCCAGUUGAGUCUAUUCCUGACGGUCUUCUACUGGGUGACUUAUGAGAUGACCACCACCGGGUUUGACGUGUUCCAACCGAGCUCCCUGGAUAUACUCCAGAACCUUGUCGUUGGCCUGUUAUUCGGAGCGAUGGUGACCACGUACUGCGCGGUGCGCGUGAUCAGCAUCCGGUGCAACGUGAACCACGCGUACGCAAAGUUCCGGUCGCAUCUCACCGACAUCUUCAUCUUUAUGAAGAGAGAGAAACUUGACAAAGAUUUACAAUGGGAGGUGAAGCAGUACUACGAGUACGUAUGGGACAAGACAGGCGGCACCGACUACCGCACUGUCCUCAAGCUGUGCGACCAGAUCACUCUGCGCACAGACGCCAUCUUGCACGUGUACGGAGGAGCUUUCUCCAAGUGUCCCAUACUGUACGACUCCGAUGUAUCGCUGAUCCGAGUGCUCGGCCGCGCCGUAUACAGCUCCUACUUCCGGCAAGGGAUGGUGAUCAUCGAGCGUGAUGACGUCAUCUCCGACCUGUACUUCGUGGACGAUGGUACCAUGGACCUUCGGUACAGUGACGACGACGAACACGUGCUCAGCAAGUUGCCGGUUGGAAGCGCAUUCGGAAAUCUAGAUAACGUGGAAACGCAGGUGUGUCCAAAUAGAUUCAUAGCGUGCUCCAACGUGCACAUCCUCAAGAUUAACUCCUUAAUAUUUCACGAUAUUAUCCAGGACUUCCCAGUCGUUAGGAUGCUUCUGGUAAAAUAUCGGCCGAACCAAGAGAACUACAUAAUAGGGAGUGUGCCACCGGGAACAGUUCAGACGAUUUGGAAGGACCAACGGCCUGUGUACAUUAUAAAAAGGGAGAAUACCAUAAACUUAAACACACACAACCACUUCUUCCAGCUUUACCUGGUCUUAGUGUCUUUGGCUUGUGUGUUUGGAGACGUGUACAAUGCAGGGUUUCAGUGCAACAACACGAUCAUUCUCGGGGUUCUUUACUUGCUUGACGUGGCUUUUUUCAUUAAAAUUGUAAUGCAUUACUCUUUCCCUUUCAUCGAUGAGGAGGAACUCAAUGUGGCUGCAGCUAUAGCCGCUGCUAGGAAAAGAUAUUACAAGAAAGAUUUCAAAGUCGACAUGUUCACCUUGUUACCAUUUGAGCUGCUGAGCAUGCUGGCUCCUCAACCGUGGGACGUUUUCGCGUACCUUCGACUGAACCGGUUCCUUAGAGUGGUGACAAUAAGGAACAGUCUGGCCCGGUACCAAUUACGUCUGGACACGAAGCAGGGGCUGGUGACGGGCGUUACCACCUUCAUCUGGUUUUCGGUAUUCGUGCACGUGGCGGCCAGCAUCUGGUACCACAUCGCCUACCACGAGGAUUUCCAGCAGCCGCACUCUUCCUGGCUGUGGACGACGGGACCUUUGAGACAACACGAAAAAGUGGGAUCGGAUUACCUGACCUCGCUAUACUUCAUAAUCGUAACAUUCUCGCUGAGUGGCACCAAAGAGAUCUUACCAAGAUUGAAAUCUGAGGUAUUUUUCACGUGCGUCCUGAUGAUUGUGUCGACUUUGAUCUACAUGCUGUAUGUGGGCGAGUUCUCGAACGUGAUCCACUAUCAGGCGUAUCGCUGCUUCUCAUUCUUCACCAAGUUCCUUGAGAUGCAGGAGUUUCUCCUCAGGAAUCGCGUGUCACCGAACCUGAUUAAACUAGCGAAGUCAUACAGCCUGUACCUGUGGCGAGAGAGCCGCGGGUACCAGUCGCCGCAGUUCGUGGUGGAGGCUCCACAGGUGCUCAAAGAGAAGAUCAUGAGCGCCGCCUUCAUGCGGCAUCUUGAUAACCAUCCGAUCUUCGGAAAAUGCGAACAUCCACUUCGGCGACAAGUAGUAGCUUGCAUGAAACCUUAUUAUUACGAAGAUGGUAUGUAUGUGGUGAAAGAGGGCGAGAUGCCGGCAGCCAUGUUUUUCGUCCACAGAGGAUCGGUGCAAGAACUCGACGAAGAGAUGGAGCAGGAACUUAAGCUGUAUAAACCUGGAGAGUUCUUCGGCACGUUGCAGGGUUUGCAUCACGACAUUGCUUACACCCUCACAUACACAGCAAACACCAGAUCACAAGUAUUAAUGCUUUGCCUUGACGAUUGGGAAUUCUUACUUCCGCAUUAUCCAGUAAGUAAUCUAAUCAUUUACCCUCCAAAAGACAAGCCUGCUGACGCUCACGUUGAAAAACGUUACGAACCCCCUCCGGUACAACACGUGGAAGCAAAGAAAGAGAAAAAGAAAGUCUUUGUUACAAAAAAAACAGAGGUCAAAGAAAUUGAAAAUGAAGAGGACGAACACCUAAUCAAACUUGACGAUGUCGAGCCAAUGUCAGAAUUGGAUAGGCUUUUAGAAGAAGCUACACUGGGUUUGAAAAUGCCAGUCAAGGAGCAGGUGUCAACAAAACCAGCAGCUGAAAAACCAGAUUCAGUACCGGAGAAAACAGUUCGGGAAAAACCUGUUUCAAUAAAAAAACAACAAGAAACAGUUCCGCAAAAACUAGUUUCAGGAAAACUGGUCUCAGAUAGUGUAAAGGCUCCUGCAUUAGGUGCAGGGGCUGCUGUCGGUGCUGGUACUGGUGCACUUUUAGCUGCGGCGGCUUCACGUUUAGCACAUGUCUCCGCAGGUCUACAAGCUAAAACGCGCUCAGGCAAGGAAAAGUCAACAUUACAAGAAUCUGCUCCGACUAAAGCUAUAUGGAUAGCAUAG